AGUAGUUGAGAAUGCACAACAAAGGCAAUUGGACAAUGAGGAAAAGGAUUUAAAGACUACAGAAUUAAGAAAUGAUGGGGAAACUGCAGACCAAGAUCAACCCAGCCAGGUAGAUGAAGAAGGUCAGCGAUAUCUUCGUUGAAUAGUGGUUGUGGUGGUCUCUCUAGGAGGAAUGACGAUUCCAACAGGGAUGCUCAUAAAAACUAUAUAAUCGUCAAGUUUGUGUGUAAACUUCAAAAGGCUCGGCACGUUAUAUUUGUUAAUUCGUUUUUUCAAGAGUAUUAUCUUAGGCUAUUUCCAAGAGCUGAACUAAAGGGAUAAAUUCCCCUUCUAAGCACAUAUCUACUUUGGUAUGCUAAAACACGAAAUACCUCAGGGCUCAGUCGGGGGACAAGGUGUUGCGAAUUGAUGGGUGCUACUACAAAAAGAAGAGGAAAAAGUUACAGGAAUGUAAAGCUGAAUCGGGCUGUGAGUUGUUGCAAAUUGAUGGGUACUACUGUAAAAAGCAGAGGGAAAAAUCAAAGGCUGAACCUAACACCGAGUAUACUUCUUGAGGUAAUGAGAGAGCAAUUGCAUGUCAGGAUGGACCCAACUCACCCAAGUCAUCAGUCUGACCUAGGAUAAAUCAUGGCAGAGGCGCAGAGCCUCCUAAAAAUUGGAUUCUUGCACUUCAUAUCUCAUAUAUUUAAUUGAUAUAUCAUCUUACUACUUUUUGCUAUUAAUUAAUUUAUGCAGCUGGAAUGUUUUAACACUACUGAUACUUAACUCUUGCCCAUGUUGUUUACCUUCAAAAGUAUAGGAUGGAACCGCAAAUUAAUGACAUUAAAAAUCAUGCCAUAUUGUACAAAAGAUGAGAAUUUGGAAGAGCCUUAGGUUUGGCUAAAUUAUUGGUGAUGAAGUUGGAGGAUGUAUAUACAACUGCUGUUUUCUACCACCUUGGUACCAAAAUCUGUAAAUAGCCAUUUUGACUUUUCGUCUCGGAUUUGAAUGUAUUUCAGGGCAAUGAGCCUAACUAUUCAUGAGUCUCAAUAUGUCAUGUCGUCAGCAGACUGUAGUAUCGGCGAGUACAUUCUUGUCUGGAGCAAAUCCACUUUCCUGUUUCUAGAUGAUGCGGUGAGACAGAGCUUCAUGGAUUUGAAUCAAAGGAAACUGUUCAUUUCUUCUUUCUUUGUUGAUGAGCUUUUGGACAAGCUGGAGUUUGCUAAGGCUUUCCCAGAUCCUGGUUCCAGUUAUGAAGAGUUCGCAAAUUCUGGAAGAUUAGACUUAGAGUUGCAUCUAAAUGUCAUGAAGGAUGCAGAUGCAGGACUUUGAAAAUAUUGACUCAAUGAUCCAAAAAUCGUUUUGCUCUGAUACCAAAAUGUAACACCCCAAUCCGUAUAACCCGAAAUUACACGAAUUAAGGUGAAACGAGAGUUAAAUAAAAAUUUCGCUUGACAUUUGAAAAUGACAAUUACUUAUAAAUAUCAAAUUUACAGACUCUGGAUCGCGACCCAUUUAAAAAUAUUUUCAGAGUAAUGCGGAAGUACAAUAAUAAUCAAAUCAUGACACAUUUUAAAAUCUGAUGAUCAAACAUUUUCCUGCCAUCCUUGCAUCUCCUCUGACUCAAUGCCCUCCGGGA